AUGGAGUUAGCCAAUUGGACUGGAAUUGGAGUGCAGGAAUUCAUUUUGCUGGGAUUUGGAGUCGGGCAGCAGAUGCGCUUAUUUUUGCUCAUCUUCUUCACCAUUCUCUAUGUGCUUGCUCUGGCUGAGAACAUCACCUUAAUUGCACUAGUGGUUCUAGAUGCGCAAUUGUCCCAACUUCCAAUGUACAUUUUGCUGAGCAACUUCUCCUGGCUUGAGAUGUGUUAUGUGACUUCUACUGUGCCGCAGAUGCUAUUUGACCUGGCAUCUACUCAAGGGAUCAUCUCCUUCAGUGCCUGCUUCCUUCAGUUUUAUAUCUUCUUCUCCCUUGGUGCCACUGAAUGUUUAUUCCUCUCAGCCAUGGCCUUGGAUCGGUAUUUGGCCAUUUGUCACCCUCUGCGCUACCCACAGACUAUGACCCCCAAUUUCUGCUAUGGUCUAGUGGUAGCAUGUUGGGUCCUCGGGUUCCUGUGGCACAUUUUCCCAAUGAUUUUGAUUUCCAAGUUGUCCUUCUGUGGACCAAAUAUAAUUGAUCACUUUUUGUGUGACGCUGGGCCAAUAUUGUCUUUAGCUUGCCCUCCAGUAGGAAACCUUCCCCUCAUCAGUCAAAUUGUUGCAAAUUCUGCAGUCAUUCUGGGUAACUUCCUCUUUGUUGUGUUAUCCUAUGGUGCUGUGAUUGUCACCUUGCUGAAAACUUCUAGCCAAGGCAGUCGGGGGAAGGCAUUUUCUACCAUAUCUUUCCACUUAGUGGUGGUGACCCUUUUCUAUGGCCCUGUGGCAGUGAUGUAUGUGAUUCCAGGUGAAGGAAGUGAGUUAGGGAUUACGAAGUUAGUGACAGUGUUCUAUACUGCCAUUACACCUUUUCUCAACCCGCUAAUCUACAGUCUGAGGAACGAUCAGGUGAAGGAGGCACUGCGAAGGCUGAGAAGGAGAAAGGUGAAGUUAUUAAGACAAAAAGUGACAGGAUAA